CUGAUUGGCUGGUGGAAUAACAACAGAACUUCGCUAACGUUGGUCUUUUCUAUCGAAGUGUAGCUAAAAGUUUAGGAAAUAGAGUAGUCCUGUUAUGUUAGCGAUACAUUAAAUACAUAAUAGAUACAUAUUACUGUUGUUUUAAUAUGAGUGAGUUAGUCUGUAAAAAUUAAGUGUUUACCAUCUGGAGGAAUUUAUGCUUUUGAAACACACUGUGGGAAGUUCCGGGAAGUGUAGUUAACGUUAACGUCUGGACACUAAAAUCUCAAGCUGCGUUAUUACUUGAGAGAGCUGCGGAAGAGAGAAAAAUUCACUAAACACACACCAAAGCUAAAGCCACAGGAGUGUGAAGAACCGCCACUGUUUUAGUCACCGCGCCGGCUUGGGUUCCCCACCUCAGCUGUAGAACUAUUGGAGGAUACAUCUGUGACGAUAAAGGGAAUAUUAGACCCCCGUCUGCUGUUCUUGACUGAUAAGUUAACCAAUGUUACUUUAUCCGGACCACCCAGCAGUUCUCUUUUUGUAUGUCUUUUUUCCGUUUGCCCUCCUUUUGGCACAUGUCUGAACAAUUUUUGGGAUCUUCUUCGGGAUAUCAGCUCUUGUUAUGCCCUUCAAUGGAUGCCAAUGGCUCGAUGGUUAGCAUGCAAAGCGAAGACCAUUCCUCUCAUGUCCGCUACAGGUAGGCAUGCAGAUCUGCUGUUUUUUCAUAUGUUUUGUAUUUGAAGUCAUGGUCAAAUGAGACCAAUGAUCAAAUGACACCAUGGUCAAAUCAAACUAAUUGGAUAGUUUCCUUACUCAUAAUAUUUUGGUACCUCUCUCAGGGGAUUUCAGACGUAGUAAUAUUUUGCCCCUGAAGUGAUGGACAGAGUCUGUUCAAACAAAAAAAGUCACCUGGUCCUGUUCACCAUGGUUACGGUGAAGUCGCAGUGCGCUGCAACUGCUGGGGUGGUGCAGCACCAGGUGCACUUCUGUGGGGCGUCACGGAGGGGUCCCUCUCCCUGCUUACUCCAUUUUUAAUGCCCCACUCAAAUAUUUAUGAUUAUUUCCCUUUUGUUUUUUUGUUCUGCAUUCUAAUGCAAACAUCUGCUAAUGCAAGUCACCUUAAUUGGUCCUGGUUGUUUAGGCAGGGGCUCACAAUUGGGUUCUGAUUUCUAAGGGUGUUAAUUCGGGAUGGUAUUUAUUCAAUACAUAAUUAAUGUGCUCACUCACAAAACAAGUCCUUUGUAAAGUAUUUCUGUACUAUAAUGUCAUUAGAUUUCAAUAUUGCACCAAGGUUUCAAAACAUCACUGUACAUUUGGGUAAUGUGACACCUAAAGGAGUGGACCAUACGCUCAGAACAGAAUUUGAAUGGAGCACUUUUUAAGAGUCCAAACAAAGGAUCAGCUUUUAUUUAGACAUUCCUGCAGCCACUACAUUUUAGAAAUGUACAAAAACAUGCAAUAAAGGGUAACUUGAGGCAUCUCAAUGCAAAAACUAGAGGUUAUAGAGGCAUGUGACAAAGCCCAUGAAUUGUUCUGUAAUACAACUCUUAGUAGUGUUUCUGAUCACCAGAGUGCCCAGAGAGAGAGGGGGAGAGAUGAGAGGGAGAGAGAGGGAGAAGUAAUCACAGGUGACGGCCGAGGGAAAAGGGUCAGAUCAGAUUAUCCUCCGAAACGCUGACAGUCCAGCUCUCCCCAAUCCCUCCUCUGCCCUAUCAACAACAAUGAAGCUGCGUCAGCUCCGUUUUAAAACCUUAAUAACCAGACAACAGAUCCUGACUUCAUUCAUUUUAAGCAUUGUUUUUUUAACAAUUUAUUGUUAUUUAUAUAUUUAUAUAUAUAUACACACACGUAUUUAAGUUUAUAUAUAUAUACACACGUAUUUAAGUUUAUGGCCAAGUAGAAUCAGAUGCAGCAGUAGGCCUCAGUAUGACAGUAAACGGGUGCAGUUGUGCUGGACUGCCGUCUCGGAGGAAGCCUUCCCUUGCAGACCUGUGGUGCGGUGGCCCUGAAGGCCCCGGCGCGUUUUAGAUGCCUCUGAGGUGCCCAGAGUGCUGCAGUUGUGUCGAGCCAGAUGACAACAGGAUGGAGGCCUCCUGCCUGGAGCUGGCCUUGGAGGGGGAGCGGCUCUGCAAGCUGGGCGACUACGGCGGUGGGGUCUCCUUCUUCGAGGCAGCCAUCCAGGUGGGCACGGAGGACCUACAGGUGCUAAGCGCCGUCUACAGCCAACUGGGCAACGCCUACUUCCACCUGCACGACUACACCAAGGCACUGGAGUUCCACCACCACGACCUCACCCUCACCAGGACCAUUGGGGAUGAGCUUGGGGAAGCCAAAGCCAGUGGGAACCUUGGGAACACUUUGAAGGCGAUGGGCCGCUUUGAUGAAGCCGUUGUUUGUUGUCAAAGGCACUUGGAUAUCGCCCAGGUCCUUAAUGAUAAGGUGGGCCAGGCAAGAGCACUUUAUAACUUUGGAAACGUGUACCAUGCUAAGGGUAAGAGUGUCUGCUGGAGUGGGGCCGACCCAGGUGAUUUCCCAGAGGAGGUCAUGACAGCACUUACAAGAGCUGCAGAUUACUACAACGAAAACCUGGCUAUCGUGAAGGAGCUUGGAGACCGGGCUGCCCAAGGCCGGACCCAUGGUAACCUGGGCAACACAUACUACCUGCUGGGAAAUUUCCGCAGAGCGGUGGCGUCCCAUGAGCAGCGUCUGCUCAUAGCAAAGGAGUUUGGCGACCGCGCAGCCCAGAGACGGGCCUACUGCAACCUGGGCAACGCUUUCAUCUUCUUGGGGGAAUUUGAGGUGGCAGCAGAACACUACAAGAAGGCGCUGCAGUUGGCUCGACAGCUGAAGGACCGGGCGGUGGAGGCUCAGGCCUGCUACAGCCUGGGCAACACCUACACCCUCCUGCACGACUACGAGAGGGCCAUUGACUACCACCUCAAACACCUCAUCAUUGCUCAGGACCUCAAUGACAGGAUCGGGGAAGGCCGGGCCUGUUGGAGUUUAGGGAACGCACACACAGCCUUGGGAAACCACGACCAGGCCAUGCACUUUGCAGAGAAACAUCUAGAAAUCUCCAAAGAGACCGGGGACCGCGGUGGCGAGCUGACGGCCCGUAUGAAUGUGUCCGACCUGCAGAUGGUGCUGGGCCUGAGCUACAGCACCAACAACUCCGUCCUGUCGGAGAACAAAGAGAUCGACUACAACCGUGCAGGGGCACGGCCAAGGAUGAGCAGACGACACAGCAUGGAGAACCUGGAUCUGAUGAAACUAACUCCAGACAAGACUAAUGGACAGAAAUGGAACAGUGACAUCCUGAGCAAGCCAGCGAAGCCCAGUCUAGGCAAGUCCUCCUCCAGACUCUUCUUUGUAAACCGCUUCAGGGGCAAGAAGCACAAGACCGGCUCCACCAAAGUCCUGCAGGACAGCAGCAACACUCAGGACACCACGCAGGGGCCUGGACCUCAGAAGAGGGCAAGUGUGGACACGCUGGGAGAUGAGAGCUUCUUCGACCUGCUCAGCCGUUUCCAGAGCAACCGCAUGGACGACCAGCGCUGUACCAUCCUAGACAGGAAGAGCAGCGCAUCCGUGCCUUCCAGUCCCUCCCGGACCCCGCCCCCUGCCAUGAAGAAAUCAUUCUCUGAGGCGUCCCCGGGCCAGGAGCCGUUCUUCAGCCUAGUGGCGAGCACUCAGGGCCGUCGCCUUGACGACCAGCGGGCAAGCACGGGGGGCAGCCUGCCAGGCCUGCGGCUCACUCAGCACAGCAGCCAGGCUGUGCUUAGCCACCUGAUGGCCAGCACCGACAACAACGAACCCGACGACCAGUUCUUUGACAUGCUGGUCAAGUGCCAGGGCUCUCGUCUGGAUGACCAGCGGUGUGCCCCCCCGCCGCCCCCCAGCAAAGGCCCCACGGUGCCUGACGAGGACUUCUUCAGCCUGAUCAUGCGCUCCCAGGCCAAACGCAUGGACGAGCAGCGCGUCACCCUACCUGCCAGUGCCAGCUGCCACCAGCUGUAGCGUCGGCCCACGCCGAGCCGACCCGGCCCGCCACACAACAGACUGCUCAAACACUACAAUACAUGUACAUCCAUACUGGGUAUGCACAUGAGAUGGUGGUUCAGAGGCCAGCAAAGAGUUUGGGGUCAAAUGAAUUUCAGUGAUAGAAGAUUUCCAGGAAAUGAACUGGAAGAGGAAUGGAAAAUGGCUGUUUUUGUCAAAACGGCAUGAUUUUUUUUAAACUCAGGUUGUCAGGGGCCGUAAUCGAAUCCAGGCCGCUGGAUUUCUGUCCCAGUAAGGAACUCACAGAGCAAAGUAGUAGGACCCAAGUGCAGGAUGUAUGAAAACUUUGUCUUUUAAUAUUCUACCAACAAAAAUAAGGAUAUUCCAAACUCACAGAAGAUAACGGCAAAAAAGUCAAAGCUCAUAAGUAUUAAAAGAAGAGCAACUUGAGGUAAAAGACGCGGCUUUAACAAAACAAGAGGCUAGGAAUUCACGAGACUUACAAAAACACACAGGGACUGUGACUGGAGACUAUGGCACUGAGGCUAGGAAACUAGGAGACUUGAGACUAGAAUUAACACCAGAAAUCAGAACACCAGAUAACUAAAUAACAAAGACACAGCCAUGAGCCUGAAAACCAGCCAGGUAUAAAUACCUGACUAAUUAGUCACAUGACUCAUUAACAAGCAGGUGGAACAAAACAAUGGUUGGAAAACAGAGGCAGGAAGUAAACAGAAGCACAUGUACACACAACAGGCAAAGAGUGUUCUUGUUGGUGUCCCCUAGAGGCCUGAAGGUCACAGGUUCCAUCUCUUGAUUCGAUUUCUGAACAGUACUGCAUUGUAAGAAUAUACAGGAAAUUGGUCAGUUUUUACGUUUGUAUUCUUACAUUCACUGCGUAGUAUUCCAGACUCACCCUAAGUGUAUCUUUAGAUACAUGACUGCAGGUUUUGUGUAUAUUUAUUUUGGUUUAUUUCAGUUUUGUUUUUCUUAAUUAAGUAAUUGUAUACUGCCACUUCUUUUCUCCUUUUAAGGUUUUUAAUCCCCACCAGAAUUAUUUGUAGAGUUUAGAAAGGUACAGUACUCUAUAAUUAUAUUUUUUUAACCGUCCGUAUGUGUGUUAGCAGUGUGUGCAUGAGAAAAUUGUAUAAUGUAUUUGGUAAAAUAAUGACCUCAGUAAUGUGUAGCAGCUGAUAUCCUUUUGUAAAUAACAUUUUGAAGCACAUGCUAUGAGGAAUAAAACCUCCUUUGUGUAAAA